UUGUGAAUUAAAUAAGCAUAAGUUUUCAAUAAUUUAGGCAUUAUUUCAUAAAAAUAUUAAAAAUUUAUUAGUUUCCAUUAAAAAAUUAUUAUUAUUAUUACCUUUAACUGCUUAGUGUAAUUAGACUUAAAUUGAGUUAUGCUCUUUUACUAAAAAAGUUCACAACUCAUUGAAUAAUAGAUAUUAAUUGUUUGACAUUUAGCAAUUUCGCAACUCGACCGCGUGUCUUGACAUUUUGUUUACCGAAAACCAGUCUUACAUUUAUGACUGUAUGUAUACGCACUCACAUAAGUUUUUGUAUAGGUAUGUAUUGAUAUGUAAUGCAUUCCAAAGAAACGGUCGAAUCAGCUGAGAUGACUAAUAAAUGACUGGUUUUGUUAAAGCACAUAUAGGUACUUAGGUGUAUGUUUGACGUACGUUGGCCACUCAAUCAAGAAAAAAAGAGCAUAGUAAACAAAGUUUAUUUACAAUUUAGUGCAUAUUUGAAAAAAAUCGCAAAGCUUUUAUUAAAAAUAUGUAAAAAGCAUUUCAACUGAGUUAUUUAUAUAUGGUUACUAUUAUAUAGCAAAUAAUAUGUGUAGUGUCUCAAAUAUUAACUAUAGUAUUUAUAUAUAUGUAGGUGUGUAUGUAUUUCUAAGGGUUUUCUAUGAAAUUUUCAACUUUUUCACAUCGCCAUGUUCGGCAUAUCAAUGAAAUUUCACUUUCGUUCACUUAUAAAUAUUGGAGUAGCACAUUCAGAGUCUAUGAACACAAGUACCAACAAAAUCGACAUACCACCGGCGAAACGUCGAUUGUGGAGACUGAGUAUGGAAAAGUAGAAGGCAAUAAGCGAUUAACUAUUUACGACGUGCCAUACUACAGUUUCGAGGGCAUACCCUAUGCGCAACCACCUGUAGGCGAGUUGCGCUUUAGAGCGCCACAGCGGCCCAUACCAUGGGAGGGUGUAAGAGAUUGCAAAAGUACCAAAGAAAUCGCUGUGCAGACACAUGUCAUAACCGGCACAAUGGAAGGCUCCGAAGACUGUCUCUACCUUAAUGUGUAUACAAAUAAUACACAGCCCGAUAAGCCGCGACCAGUCAUGAUUUGGAUACACGGCGGUGGACUCUGCACCGGUGAGGCUACACGUGAAUGGUAUGGACCUGAUUAUUUUAUGCAAAAAGAUAUUGUGCUCGUGACAAUACAGUAUCGACUGGGUGUGUUGGGCUUUUUAUCGCUCAACACGCCCGAAUGUAAUGUACCUGGCAAUGCUGGUCUUAAAGACCAAGUACUGGCUAUAAAAUGGAUUAAAAAUAACUGCGCGAGUUUCGGUGGUAAUCCUGACUGCAUAACGGUUUUUGGUGAAAGCGCUGGCGCUACCGCCGCACACUGCAUGAUGCUGACCGCACAGACACAAGGACUUUUUCACCGCGUCAUUUUAAUGUCGGGCACUGCUCUACCUCUAUGGGAGACGGAAGAUCAAAAAUAUCGUGCUUUCAAUCUUGCAAAGUUGGCUGGCUAUAAGGGUGUUGAUAAUGAUAAAAAUAUACUCGAAUUCUUAAGAAAGUGUAAAGCGAAAGAUCUGAUAGGGCUUGAAGGUCGCACGCUGACGACGGAUGAUCGUGCACGUAAUAUAUCAACGCCUUUCGUCUACUGUGUGGAGCCAUAUGUGACGCCUGAAUGUAUUAUAUCGAAGCCAAUAAGGGAAAUGAUGAAGACUGCGUGGGGCAAUGCGAUACCGCUGCUGGUAGGUCAUACGUCAGACGAAGGCCUUAUCUUCAUGCAGGGUGCCAAGAUCUUAGCUAGUGCAGCUCAAAAGCAGAAAGGUUAUUCUCUGAAGCCCUUUGUGCCUUUCGAAAUAGCCGAUAAUGAAGAGAGUGGAAAAUUCGAGCAAAAAUUGAGAGCGACGCAUGUGAGUGGUAAGACACCUACUAUAGAAGAAUAUAAAAAUAUCAUCGCCUACUCAUACUUACAUUUUCCGCUUUAUCGUCUUAUACUAUCACGUUUAUCGCAUGCCGCCGGUGCGCCACUUUACCUAUAUCGCUUCGACUUUGACUCGGAGUUGUUGCCACAUCCUUAUCGUAUAUUGCGUAUGGGGCGUGGUUUAAGAGGUGUGGCGCAUGGUGAUGAACUUUCGUAUAUAUUUUCAAAUCUUUUCUCUCAACGCUUGCCAACAGAGAGUCGUGAAUAUAAGACUAUUAAUCGCAUGAUAAGCUUUUGGACACAAUUUGCGCGCAGUGGCAAUCCAAAUGAUGAGGAUAUACCUGGUAUGGUAACAUUGACUUGGGAGCCAUUGAAAAAAAGUGAACCAAAAUUAAAGUGUUUGAAUAUUAGCGAUGAUUUGAAGUUUAUUGAAUGGCCAGAAUUACCAAAGGCAAAAUUAUGGGCGAGCGCUUACGACAAGCACACCGAGUUGCUAUAUUGCGCCAGCAUGUCCUUCGAUAUACCUUUUGGUGACCAGAUGCGCAUUGCAUUGAGCUAUGUGAAAUUCAAAACCAAUCAGAGGCGCUUGCGUACAAAUGAAAAAAUUGUGACGGACACAAUUUAUGGCAAAGUGAAGGGCGUCAAAUGGCAUUCGGUUUAUGGUGGUUCUUAUUAUAGCUUUGAGGGUAUACCAUUUGCCAAGCCACCAAUUGGACGUUUGCGCUUUAGAGCGCCUGAAGAACCAGAACCAUGGGCGAAUGUACGGCGCUGUACACGUGAGCAGCUUAAACCAACUCAAUACAAUAUUAUACUGAAGCAAGUGCAAGGGCGUGAAGAUUGCCUAUAUUUGAAUGUGUUCACAAAAACGCUGCAUCCCCUGAAACCGAUGCCGGUUUUGGUUUGGAUUUAUGGUGGCGGUUUUCAAAUGGGCGAAGCCUCUCGCGAUAUGUACAGUCCUGAUUAUUUCAUGAUGGAGAAUGUUGUGGUUGUUACUGUCGCAUAUCGUUUGGGUCCACUGGGCUUCCUUACGCUGGAGGAUCCCGAAUUGGAUGUGCCCGGCAACGCCGGUCUCAAAGAUCAAGUGAUGGCACUACGUUGGGUUAAACGCAAUUGUCAAUUUUUUGGAGGUGAUCCCGACAAUAUUACUGUAUUUGGCGAAAGCGCUGGUGCUGCCUCAACACACUACAUGAUGCUCACCGAACAAACUCGUCAUAUAUUUCACAAGUGUGUCUUAAUGUCUGGUACCGCACUGGCACCAUGGGCCAAUAUACCACAACACAAUUGGGCUUAUCGAUUGGCGAAAGCCAGUGGCUACCGCGGUGAAAAUGUUGAUCGACAAGUUUUCGAACACUUGCAACAGUGCAAAGCUAGCACUAUGUUGAAGGUGGGCGAAGAUCUGCUCACCAGCGAUGAGCGUCAUCAAAGAAUGAUGUUCAGUUUUGGACCAACAGUGGAGCCAUAUGAGAGUAAACAUUGUGUUAUACCACGUCCGCCUUUAGAAAUGAUGCGUAGCGCUUGGGGCAAUGAUAUACCGUUGCUAAUUGGUGGAAAUAGUUCAGAAGGUCUUCUUAUAUUUACCGAAGCGCGUAAAUAUCCUGAACUAAUGCAAAAAUUAAGUGAAGAUGCCACAUAUUUGGUGCCGGAUGAUGCGAAUAUGAAUGUGGACCAACGAAAGGCUUACGGUGAAAAGUUGCUGCGUCUACAUUUCGGUGACAAUACACCUUCUUGGAAAACAAUACUCCAGUAUGCAGAUCUCUUUUCUUACAAAUACUUUUGGCAUGGUAUCCAUCGUACGUUACUAUCACGGUUUCAUCACGCAAAUUCGCCUACUUACCUCUAUCGUUUCGAUUUCGAUUCGAAACACUUCAAUUUCAUGCGCAUCAUCACCUGUGGUCGCAACGUGCGCGGCACCUGUCAUGCUGACGAUCUCUCCUACUUAUUCUACAAUGCGGGUGCCAAGAAGCUAAAUCAACAUAGCGCCGAAUUUCGCACCAUACGCCGAUUGACCACAAUGCUUGUGCGGUUUGCCGAAUGCGGUAAUCCAAAUAUACCAAUGAAUGAAGGGCACGACCAUAGCUACCAUUACCAUCAUCAGCAUCGGCAAGUGGAACAAAAUGUGCAGCGAGUUCAGGUCAAUAUUCAAAAUAGCAGCAGUAACGCGCUUUUAAAUUUGCAACACGAAGCAUGUGGUGAAGAGCACAAACAUCAUAGCCAAAAGCAUAGUAGGGAGAGUAGUUAUGAUGAUAGCGUCAGAGACGGCAUCGAAUUGGCGCUGGAGGUGAAUGCGGCUUUGACGAAAAAUGAAACGCCAUCACAAGAGACAUGGCUACCAAUUUCACAUGACUUCGACGUAUUCAAAUGUUUGAAUAUCUCCGACGAAUUGGAGGUGAUAGAUCUGCCCGAAGCAGAAAAGUUGCGCUUGUGGGAUGAAAUGUACAUAGAUAAAACUCUACUCUAUUGAGUUUGUGCAUAUUUCGCGAACGUAAUUGUCCUCUACGGUCUGUUGUGUGGUUUGGUUUGUUGCUUAGCCUCUUCGUUUGGCAGUUGAGUGAUUGGUUGUAAUGAGUUGGCCGCACGUGGUGCAGCGCUAGGCGUUGCGUAAUUAAAUGUGGGUGUUUCAUAGAAACCCGUGAAAGGUGUUUAAGAACACAUCUUUCGUAUGUGAUAUUGUGUGGGAAAUAUUUUUAAAAUCUAAGAGAUCAUAGUUUGUUAUUUACUGCUAAGCAGUUGGAACUUUAUUUAUUUACAUAACAUGUUCAUAUAGUUGAAUAUCUGUAUAUAAACACUAUUUAAAUAUAUAUAAAUUUUUAUUUUGUGUAAAAAUUGCAAA